AUGUUCACCAGGCUAAUUGGGAAACCUAAAGCGGAUGAAUUCUCCGGUGCCCUAACCACCAUGUCCUUAGAAAAGUUAACCGAGACACUUGAAGUGCUGGAGCGAAAGGAGAAAGUACUAGAGAGGAAGGCUGCUGUUGAACAUGAAAAGGCCAAGGCUUUCUCCAAAGCAAAGAAUAAAAGAGCUGCUAUUCAGUGUUUGAUUAAGAAGAAGAGGUUCGAAGAGCAAAUAGAGAUACUCGGAAACUCCCAACUGCGACUCCAUGAUCAGAUGAUACUGCUAGAAGGUGCGAAAGCUACCACGGAAACUCUAGAUGCCUUGAGAACUGGAGCAGCUGCAAUGAAGGCAAUGCAGAAAGCAACAAAGAUAGAUGACUUAGACAAGGUCAUGGAUGAAAUUAAUGAGCAGAUGGAGAACAUGAAGCAGAUCCAGGAAGCUUUGUCGUAUCCGAUUGGUGACGGCUUUGAUGAGGAUGAGUUGGAAGCAGAACUUGAAGAGCUCGAAGCCGCCGAGCUGGAACGAGAACUUCUUCAGCCUGUAACUACAAGCACGUCUACUUCUGCAGCUCCGGUGCAGGUCCCAGCAGGAGUUAGGCAACCCAGUACUCGUCCUGUUCCGGAGAAGCGUAGUGCUGAAGAAGAUGAACUGGCUGCUUUGCAGGCUGAGAUGGCACUAUAA